GGCGACAGCAGCAGAAAAACAGCUGGAUCCGAGCAGCGGCGGGCGGCUUCUCCCCGCUUCUCCCCCGCGUGUCCCCGCUCCACGACCGGCCGCGGCUGCCUCGCUUCGACACGCUGCUGGGGAGGCCGACGAUGCGGUGUGGAGAUGGAGGCUCCUGAAUACCUGGACCUGGACGAGAUCGACUUCUCUGAUGAUUCAGUGUACUGCGUCUCGUCCCUGAAGAGCAUACCGGAGCUGUCCAGGAGGAGCGAUGGCCCAGCAGAGGACAGACCAGCUCCGGCCAUCAACUGGAACCGCGGCGUGUCCUGUCACGGCGGCGGGGGGAUGAAGCCCACGGGGCUCGCCGAGGUCCACAGCAAGUUCCGGCCAGUGAAGCGGGUGUCCCCUCUGAAGCACCAGCCGGAGACCACCGACUCGGACCCCGACGGCAAGGUCCAGGGCCAGGGGCCGCUUCAAGGCGAGCCGGCCGAGGGCGGCGCCAAGGACGACCCCGGCUUGGACAAGCUCGCCUCCGCGCUCGGCGCCUCCGAGGGGCCGGAGGGGAAGGCGAAGAGCCUGGGGGGAGGGGGAGGGGGUGGGGCCAACAACCCUCAGGCUCUGUUCGGGGAGCUGGAGCACUAUGACCUGGACAUGGACGAGAUCCUGGAUGUGCCGUACAUCAAGUCCAGCCAGCAGAUGUCCACGCUGCCCCGCGUGCCUCACGACAAGCGCUCAGCGUCCGGGAGCAACCUGGGGGGAGGGACCCUGGAGAGGAACCGAGGAGGAACUCUGAAGACCUCCUCUUUGGCCCACAACGAGCCCCUGAGCCUGGGCAGCGGCAGCUCGCAGACGCAGUACUGCGUUCUCUCUCCGGUGAAGUGGUCUGACCUGAGGAAGUCCAAGUCGAUGGAUCCAGACCUCCACCACCUGCACCGCUCCCCCGGCGGGGGAGGCUACCAGUCGGAGCUGCUGUCCUCCGGCCUCCUCAGCUGCUCCUCCUCGCUGUCCUCCUUCACAGACGCAGACAAGCUGCUGUCUGCACGCGUCUUCCCGGAGUCCCAGAGCCAGAGGGGCGGCGUGGAGCCCCCGGGGGGCGCUGGGCUCAUGUUCCCCCUGCCGGGGAGGCAGGAUGCCUCCAAACCCUGGGCCCCGGGGCAGGGAGGAGGCGGAGGAGGGCCCCGGGGCUUUGGGGGAGCAGGAGGGGAGGUGGACGAGGAGACCAAGAAGAACCAGAACAUCAUCAACAUCGUCCGAGAGGGACAGAUCUCACUGCUGCCCCACCUGGCGGCUGAUAACCUGGAGCUGAUUCGAGACGAGGACGGGAACAACCUGCUCCACAUCUCGGCCUGUCAGGGUCACGCUGACUGCCUGCAGCACCUCACCUCCCUGAUGGGGGAGGACGGCCUCAACGAGCGCAACAGCCAGCAGCUCACCCCCGCCGGCCUGGGGGUCAAGAACGGUCAUCUGGAGUGUGUGAGGUGGAUGGUGAGUGAGACGGAGGCCAUAGCAGAGCUGAGCUGCACCAGAGAACAUCCCAGUUUGAUUCACUAUGCUGCCCGUUACGGACAGGAGAAGGUGCUGCUGUGGCUGCUUCAGUUCAUGCAGGAACAGGCCAUCUCUCUGGACGAGCUGGACCAGAACGGGAACUCCGCGGUGCACGUCGCGGCGCAGUACGGACACCUCACCUGCAUACAGACUCUGGUGGAGUACGGCUCCAACGUGACGGUGCAGAACCAGCAGGGGGAGCGACCCUCCCAGAGUGCCGAGCGGCAGGGCCACACCACCUGCGCCCGCUACCUGGUGGUGGUGGAGACCUGCAUGUCGCUGGCGUCGCAGGUCGUCAAGCUCACCAAGCAGCUCAACGAACAGGCGGCAGACCGGGUGGUGUUACAGAAACAGCUGCAGAGACUGAUGGAGCCCAGCAAGGUGGAGGGGACCCCAUCUCGAUCCUCCAGCUCCCAUCAGCCACCGGUGGAGGCGUGGCCGGAGAUGAUGCUGACGGCCGAGGGGACGCCCGGAGACGGCCAGUGGUCGGUCCGUCAGGGAGGCGUGGCUUCCGACUCGGUGCUGCGGCAGCUCCUGGGGAAGGACGCGUCGGAGCCCCUCUGUGCCCGGGAUCGAGCCCCCCCGGCGGGCCCCGGGGCCCCUGGGGGCCGCAGGCCGGCGCUGGCGGAGCGCAGAGAGCUCAAACUCGCCAGACUCAAGCAGAUCAUGCAGCGCUCCCUGAGCGAGUCCGACUCGGACGGGUACCCGGCGGAGGAAGGGAAAACCCCCGGCGGCGCGGCGCGGCCCGAGAGGCCGUGCCACCUGCCGAUCGCAGAGGAGGAGCCGGCGUCCAACCACCUGCAGCUGAUGAUGAGGAAGCACCUGCCUUCCUCCGCCGCCGCCUCGUCGGCCGAGAAGAAGCUGGCGUUCUGUCUCACCGGGUCCAAGUCCGUGGACAGCAUCGGUUACAACCCGUCGCCCACCUCCUGCGACCCCGAGGCCGCCGGGAACAAGACGCCAGACGCUCCCGGAGAUUUCCACGACGGUCAGAAGGCCGCAACCAGCCCUAAGAGCGCCCUGAAGUCCCCCUCGUCACGCAGGAAGACCUCCCAGAACCUCAAGCUGAGGGUGACCUUCGACGAGCAGGUCCACAAGAGCUCUGGCCAGGAAGCCGAGCCGGCCAAGGCGGCCCACGGGAAGGACAGGACUUCCACCGGCGCCUCUGAGAGCAAGAGGCCGUUUGGCACCUUCCGCUCCAUCAUGGAGACGCUGAGCGGAAACACAAACCACAACAACAGCAACAGCGGCGGAACGCCGUCGGGCUCCGGAGUCAAACCCGCCUGUCAGAACUCUCCCGGCAAGAAGUCCGACAGCAAGAGCAGCCCGGGAGGCGGAGCCAAGGGCAAGACCAGAACCAGCAACGUCUGACCGCCAACUCACCGCCCAGAGAAGACCGCAUCAGGAGAUCCAGGUUCCAUGGCGCCGGCCUCAGGAACACACAGCACCUUCAGCCCUUUGUCAGUAAAUCACAGCCAGAUCCAGCUGGUUUUGGUUAUAAUGGUCCACUCCAUAUCUGAUGAUGUCCAUCCAAACAGCCCUGCUUGACCUCGUGUUGGACAUGAGCACUGAGUGCUGUAUGCAACAUGGAAAAUCCAGAUUUGGCUUUGAAGAAAAUCCAGAUUUGUUUAGAAAAUCAACAAAACGGUGGUUUGGGGGGGGUUUUCCCAUCCUUUCCUCACUCGCUCUGGGAUUUUUAAAUCUGAAGGCUCCAGUCGCACAAACCAGUAAAAUUGAGAUCAUUAUGAAAAGCAGAUUUAAAACCAGAUGAGCGUCACUUCGGGAGCCUUGUUUAACUUGACUUGGUCGUAUUGUUGUGUCAGGACUCCGCUGGGUGCAGCACGGUCAUAAAGAAGAGAAACAUCUCAGCUCGUAUUCUCCGAGGCCCCGUUCACACGGCCACAGUUUCAAGUGAAAAUGCUAAACCGUCUUUGUGUAUUUUCAGCGUCUGUUUACAUGACGAUGUUCUCAGUGUUUCUGUCAUUUCCCUGGAAAUGAACAUCCUUGUUACAAAGUUUCUGUGUGAGACAGCAGAGUUUUUUUGAAACUACAAACUACAAAGCAAAAACGAUGCGUUUUCACUUGAAGCGUUGCAUAAACGGCCUUCAGUGACAAAUCAUCAGAUGUGGGCUUGACUGCUCCUGCUCUCUGGAGGUUUUUAUUCAAGGUUUCCUCAGCGAAGCGUCUUUCAGCCUCUUAGCAUCCGUAGCUUCUUGAAUCCUCUGUCAUCUUCAAACCACCGUAUGUUACGGGGAGGGGGGAGGUUGGACUCUUCUCAAGGUCUACCUUAAAGUAUUCCACACUGUAGCUGCGGUGCUGCUAGCAGUUUCCAGUCAAAUCUGUCCAGUCAGGACAUCCAAAGCUGGAGGUGCUGAUGAAGAUCUCUCUGUUAUGAGCAGUUAGUUUUUUUUUUUUCUUUAUGGGGCAGAAAACACACUUAUCACACCAUCUGGUGGUUCAGUUUGGUAUUACAGGAUAGCCUCAGAUUAUUUCUCACAAUUCACUGACAAUAAAAAUCAAGGAAGCAUUCGACACUAACUUUAUUUACAUCAGCUUUACUUUUCAGACAUGUCUGAAUGUUUGUUGCAAUGAAAAUUAGAGUUUUAUUUUAAAAAGAUCUUCGAUCUUUCCAUUGAUCAAACAGGAAGCCAGGAGUUGUAAUUCUGGCCAAUCACUGUAAAGAAAAACGAGCUGAACUGUUUUUCCCCACUGUCUUUCUUUCCGUCGUCACGUUGAGGUUUGUCUUUGGUUCUUGGCCUCACGCUGACGGAGAGAAAGAAGUCUGGAAUGUAUUUGAAAGUUUUCUUUCUCACCGCCGAGGUGAAGCUGCACGACGAGACCGAGCUGUGGAACCUCGCUUCUCAGAUCGACCUUUAAACAUGUUUUAGGUUGUUGUUUUUUUUUUUUUCACUACAUGAACUGUUUUCAACCAAGGAAUUUUUCCACAUGAACAUUCUGAUGGACGUCUGAAAUAUUUAAUUUUCUGCACACGUUAAAAUGUGUUUAUAAUCAUGCACACGGUUAGGUGCAUAGCACAUAGUUUAAAACACCACUGUAUAUAUAUAUAUAUUUUGUAGUAUUUAAUGUUUCGUUUCUACAGUAUUAUUCACACUUUUUUAACCUUUGCAGUUAUUAUCUAUGCAGUAUUUUUGGCAUGAAGUAGACGAUAGUUGUGUGGUGUGUUUAUGGGCGGCUGGAAGAGAAUCACUCCAGAUUUUUCUACAGGUUUCGAAAGUCUGUUACAUUUAACAGUGUUCAAUGGGAGAGUGAGGCUCUUCAGUCUCUUCACCCACUUUCUUAUUGUUUUCUGGUCAUUUCUUUCAUAAAUGAAGUGAUUAGCUGCUGUUGAUUAGAAGGUUUUUUUUGUUGUUUUCUGUCAACCAUAAAAGAUUUGUUGUCCAGGACUCUUUUUGGGGGGGGGGAUUCACCUGAUCGGAGGUCGUCAAAGUCAGAUUUGCACAUUCAAAUGAAGUGUUAAAAUUCAGAGCAGUGCUUUGAAAUCGAGAGUUGGAUUGCAGAGGAGGGUGAAAAUAUUCAGAAACCACUUUGAGCUAUUUUUCCAUGAGCGUUGGAAUGUUGAAU